UAUCACGCUGCACAUCGUAGACGAGGACAGCUACGAGAAGGACAUGCUCUUCUACGUGCAGCUGGGCGAACCGCGAAUGCUAGGCGACGAAGCAGGCCUGGCCGCCGAGGCGGAGCUCAAGAAGCCGGAGGACCUCACGCCCGAGGAGAAGGUGGCGCUGCUGGGCCGCCCCAAGCUCGGCGAGGUCACCCGCACCCUCAUACGCAUCAAGGAGAGCAAGGAGUUCAAGAACACCGUCGACAAACUGGUGCAGAGGGCAAACGCUUCUUUGUUAAUCGGCACGUCCUCCUGGAAAGAACAAUUCAUCGAAGCAAUCACGGUCAGUCCGGGGGAUGAUGGUGGAGGAGGUGAAGGAGAUGAAGAUGACGAAAAACUGCCAUCAUGUGGAGAUUACAUUAUGCACUUCCUCACUCUCUUCUGGAAGCUAUUAUUCGCCUUUGUUCCACCAACAGAUCUGUUAGAUGGUUAUUUGUGUUUCGUUGUGUCAAUAUUUGGUGUCGGAUGCCUGACGGCCAUCAUUGGUGAUGUGGCAUCGCACUUUGGGUGCACAGUUGGGCUGCAUGAUGCCGUAACAGCAAUAGCCUUCGUAGCACUGGGUACAAGUGUGCCAGACACAUUUGCAAGCAAAGUGGCAGCUUGUCAAGACAAAUAUGCUGAUGCAUCAGUGGGGAAUGUCACAGGAAGUAACGCUGUGAAUGUUUUCCUUGGCAUUGGAAUUGCUUGGUCAAUUGCUGCAAUCUACCAUUGGUCCAAGGGGGAACAGUUUAAUGUUAACCCAGGAAAUAUGGCUUUUUCUGUGACAAUAUUCUGCACAGAAGCUGCUGUUGCAAUAAUAAUCUUAGUUUUGAGGAGAUCCAAAAUGGUUGGAGGUGAACUCGGUGGUCCAAAAUGCAUAAAAUGGACAACAACAUGUGUACUUCUGUCCCUCUGGCUCAUAUACCUAAUACUGUCCAGCUUGGAAGUUUAUGAUGUGAUUAAAGGAUUCUAAAUGUGGAUAAGUGUGAGUAUUUAACAGUAAAGUAACAAUGUUUUAUUUGAACUGUAAUAUGGUGCCAACUUUACAAGUCAUUGCCAGUUUGUAAGAUAACUGCAGUUGUUCUGUAGAGAUGGAAAUGGCACCAUUUAUGUUCUAAAUCGCACAUCACAACAAGAACUGACUUUUUGUUAGAAAACUGAGUGACAGAAUUGAAUUCAUUAUGGCAAGGACAUGAUUGGUAAUACUGUUACUUGGGGCGCCAUCUUGCCAUAAGGUCAUGCACUCUGAAAUGAAUAUAUAUGUGAAUUGUGUGAGAUGUACUAUAAAGCACACUUGUUGUGACUGCUUAUGCAGCAGGUGGAUACAUGAUGGGGAUCACAGCAUGUCUGCAGUUUGAGCAGAGAGAUGUAAUUUCUAUAGGAACUCAAUCCAGAAUGUAGUGUUAUUGAGCCUCUAACUGCCAAAGAGUUGGAAGUGACCUUAAUAAAUGAUGUGCCUAUAGUACCAUAUAUUGGUUUCAGGUGAUUUUAAUGAAUCUCUAUAAGCUAAAUGAUGGUAAAAACAGAAACCUAUGGGUUGAGUUUCAGAAUGUUUUCAAAUAUGUAGUCUGUUAAUAAAUGAAAUAUUUUGAUAUGGUUUUCACAAUCAACAUGAAAUGAGUGUAAUGUAGCAUUGCCACUUCUCAAUCUUCCCAUUCAUUUGUUAUUGUUCCUUUGAAAGCAAAAUUUAAUAUAAAAAAGUACAAGAACACUGAAAAUAAACUCAAUCAAAGUGAAGGUGUUCAUGUGUGCUGAUCUGUGGAGUAAAUAUUGAAAAGAUACAUUUGAAGAGGAUUUUAUUAAUAAGAUUAGGUGUGCAAAUGAUAUAGAGAUAAGUAACUACCAACAAAACACAUUCCCAUCAAAAGAAUUGUUUAUACAUCUACUCUUAGGGGUCCUUGUUUUUUUUACUUUCAUGUCACCAUUCCAUUUUCUGACAUGUUUAUGAUAAAUUAUCAAAUGUUACAUUACACUCUUGGAAAAUGACAGUGCUAUUGAAGUCUUUAAUUUUCAUUUGCAUUUCCAUUUGCUCAAUAUAUUUCCAGAAACUGGAAAUUCAGUAGCUAUUUCUGUGACUAUGGCCCACUAUCCAGUUUUUGUCUAUUCAGUACUAACUGAAAAGGGUGUUAUGUGACAACUGGUUGUAUAUUUGUGUAGGGUAAGAAAUAAUCCAGGUACUAUUCAUUCCCAGUGUCAUGUGUAUUUGUAAGCAUGCACCCAUUUCUAUUUUUAAAAAAUAUAUAAAAAGACAUGAGAGCAUCAUCACCAACUAUCUCAUAAUUAUUGUCUACAGUUAUCAUUCCACACUGAUAGCCUUUGCUUUUGUUAUUUUAGUUCUGGCUUAUUUAAGAAUACCACCUCCUUUGAGCUCAGUGUUUUGACAAAAUUAUAGGGAAACAAACUCCUGAAGUGAUUUCCCACGUCCAUUGAUAUCUGUAUAUUUCAUUAUCCAUUGAUAUCUGUAUAUUUCAUGAAGUACAUAAUGUAAUUUUCCUGUAGAAAGUGGUUAAUCUGAUGGAAGCAAGAAAAUUAAUCACAUGAAGUUUUCUGGUGCACUUUGUACUUUAUGCCAGAAUUAACAGUGGACACUGAUAUUUUGUGCAUAUUCGAUUUCUUAACUUUGGUGUUCAGCCUAUUUCAUCUGGCCAUCUCUCAUGGCCUCCCUGCUGAUGGGACAUUUAAACUCUAAUCUUCCUUCCUUCCUUUUUAUUUCACCUUACUAACUGUUUUAUAUAUAUUCUCGGAAAGAGAUUAAUUGGCAAAUAACACAUUUGUUAUUGGAACACUUCCACACUCGGGCAGGAGACAACAACACUAAAUCUCCUGCAACCAUUGUCAUGAAUGAUGUUUCAAAUUUUCUAUCUUUAGACAAUAUUCCCCGUCACAAGUAUCACAGUGGAAAUGCACUUUAUGUUUUUUCUUUUGAGGUAUAAAGAACGCACUGUGGAACAUUUACAGUCAUAUCAUUUCUGCUCGGUAAGCCCCAAAAGGUGGUACAAACUGAUAAUCUGACAUUUAUUCCAUGUGUAUUAAAUCAACAUGAGAUAAGUAUUAUCUCUGUCCCCAAGCAUUUGUUGUAAAUAUUUCCCUUCGCAGUAUUCCCAUUUCAAAAAACUGUUGCAAAUGAAAGUUAUUAAAUACAUAUUCUUUUUGUAUGUGUCUACAUUUACUAUCUCUUUAAGCCAACACAAAAAAAUGCAAAUAAUUAUAUGAACAAAGGGAGCUGGCACUGAUGAAUAAAAAGAAAGUGUUGUGCAAUACAAGUUUAAUCUAUUUAUUUCAUCAAAUUAAAAUCUACUGAACAAUUUCCAACAGAGAUGCAAAAUUACCUUUAGGGGAUUGUCCUGGACGGAGAAAUGAGAGUGAUAACUGACCUCAAGUAACUUUGUCCACAACUCAUAGCGCAUCAUGGAUGGUAAUGAUUAGAGUAAAGCAUGUUACAAUCUACUUCUCCUGCACAAUUCUACAUCUGACAUUAAUGUAGUGAAGCAGUGAUAAUAAUCAUUGCUGCCUAUUAAAAAAUUAUACAUAUAAUAAAGAAGUUUAAAAUACUUUUAAAGAAAUAUCUCUUUCUCACAUCUGAAAUUUAACUUGCAAACUUUUGUCUUUGUGCAUUUUUAAUAUCUCUAAUGUUUUAUAAUCUAGAUUUGACUUCCUGGAUCUUCCUGUUCUCUGUAAAUAGGCUUCUAAAAUCUUUAAUAACAUUAAUUCUUUUUAUGUAUGGUAAAGCCACUUUGAGGCACAUUCAAAAUGAGAAUAAGAUCAAAGGUAGAUUUCAUUGCAAAGACAUAUAGUACAGAGCAAAACUGAUAAUCGCAUAAAGUUUAUUUUUGGAGAGUACAUCUUUCACACCUACAACAAGAAGGUAAAAAAAGGAAUUUAAAUUAACAGGUAGUAACAAAGGUGCUAUCUUUAAGCUGAUCUGUUAUUUCUAACACCCUGUUAUGUCAAAAGCUAAACUUUUGCUGUAGCAAUAAACAAUACUUCUUUUACAAAUCGAGAGAGUUUAAAAAAUUAUUAUAACAGAAUAAUAUUUCAGAAUGCAUAAAGGUAAAUGGAAAAGGUGAAUUUGCACAAAAUCCAGAAGUAUUUAAAACAGAAACACCAAUAAGCUUCAGUAAACUUCACCCUUUUGUAUUUUGUCUGGUGAUUUUAGCUUUCUCGCCUUACUUUCCAUCAUUUUGACUUUCAAUUACAAUUCAGAAGUGUCCUUGAACUGCCACAAAAACCUGUCCAUAUAGUCUCUGUUUUUCAUUGUUCUAAAAAACAUACACAUCUGAACUACAUGUCACUAGAACACAGCAGAAGCUGGUGUACUAGCAGCCUAAUAUCCCAAGUACACACAGUUUGUCCAUUCAUUAAAGCACUGUAAAAUUGUAACUGUUACACAAAUAGUGGUUGUACCAUAGGUAUAAUAUCAUGUAGUUUUGUACAGUAAAGGCAUUAUUUUGUUAGAAUUCUAAGAACAAGAAUCAUUAACAAAAUAUUUUCCUCUUUUAUUUAUUUACUUAAGGUUUAUAACAUAUACAGAAAAUUCUUAAAGUCAGAUAUGUUCUAUGUUAAAGAUAUGUGGAAUGCUUGUCAUCAUGGCUGCUAAGUUCCUACUUCAGAACCAUAAUUUCCAGGUUACACAGAGAAAUGACUGCCUUCUUAACUCCUUAUUGUGGUAGAAGAACACUCAUGAAUAUUGUGUCAGCAACAUCAGAAAAUAUUUUCAGUUGUUGAAGUCUUUGUUGCUUAUAUUUAUAAAAUUAAAAAAUUAAGGAGCAGCUAAGUUACUACAACAUCUUUUGUAUAUGUUUUAAAUUAACUACAUACUGUACCUGUGAAAUGAAAAAAGAAAAUUUUAAGACUAUAUCACAUAUUUCUAUUCAUACAAUACACUGCUUUGUAUUCGUUGUGUAAGUAUUCACAUUAUAUUUUUGUAUCAUGCCCACUGUAUAAAUUAAUACAUCGUAUAUACCACAGAGGUCACGGUCUAUUCCUCCUGAAACUAAUACAGAAAUGUGAGAAAAAUGUAUAACAAGAAAAGCUCAAAAAGCAACCAUUUUGUCAUGCAAUACAGAAUGGUUAGUGUGGCUAUUUAUUAGUGAUAUUACAGUAAUCCAUGUACAUAAAGUGUCAGUAGGGGAAAUAAACAAUUUUUUUGUAUUGUUGUUUUAUUGCAAAAAUGGAAAAAACUUUACAAUCAAAAGUGUGAAUUUGAAGAUAUUGUUAUCAUAAAACCAAAUAGCACACUGAGUAAUUACAUCAGUAAUGAAAUAAAUAGCUUCGGUUGCAGAGUUAUUUUCACUAAACAUGCUUUGAUUAUAUUCUGCUGAAAUAUUGUUGUGGUCUGUUCCACAUAAAAGACAUUGAUAUGAGCCAAUUAUAAAGUUCCUUUGAACUUAUGUGUGACGAAAAUGUAAUCUGAUCCUGUGAACUUUCCAGAAAGUGCUUUUGUUUCACGUUCUCCCAUUAGAAUUGUGUCUCUUUACUGCUAAUAUUAUUUCCCCCAAAAUACUUCAAUUGCUAAUAAUUAUUCAUCUUCAUAUAUUUUGCACUAUGAAUAAAACAGAGAUAAAAUUUAGUAACUAAUGUGAUUGUAUACUUAUGUAUUUCAUCAUCAUAGAACUGCAGUUGCUCUUGGUAGAUUGUGUUGAUUUACUCCACUUACUUAAAUGACAUUAUAAAAAACUGCCAACAGUCAUGAUAUAUCAAUCAACAUACAAUAAUAAAUUAUGUAAAUUCAGUAUAGCGCCUAUGUUUUGAUCAGUAGAAUACAGAAGUAUUUUAUCACCACAUAUCUGUGUGUUAUUGCUGCAGUAGAGUUAUGAGAAAGGUUAUUUCUUAGUUAGCUGCAUAUAGGUGAAGCUUAUUUGUGCAUCCGUCCAACCACCCUCCGUCCACCACUUCAUGAAAUACAACGAAAUCUACCUAUUCCACUUUGCUUGCAGGCUUAUUUUCUGUCACAGUUACUGAAUUCUAAAGUUUUGCUAAACUAAAUUUAGUAGCUAUAAAAAAUCUUUGGCAGAUAGACUUCAUUUUCUGAUUAUCCAAAUUCCUAACUUAUCAAUAUUACCCCUUAUGUUUUUAUUUUUAAUUGCUUUAUGGCUAAUAUCAUCAAGUGACAAAAUAAAUAAUUGUCUUCAUGAUGGCAGAAUUAAUACUGGUGUUGUAAGAAUGAGCUUUUAUAACAGAGAAGAAGCUCUUUGAUGACAUUUCAAAUUUUGUGACAGAAAGUUACAUGUAGGCCAACUGGACAGAGAAAAAAAUACUUACAAUGUUUUUUUUGUCUCAAACAGAGUAACAACAUAAAAAUAUUAACAUAUCAUUUAUAGUUGUUGCUGUACCAGUUGCAUUUGCCAUUCCUGUCAUUUUUUAACUUAUUGAACUAUAUUCCAUAUGUAAAAUUUUAUACUUGUGCAUCCAGUUAAAGUGCUAUGGUUCAUGAUAAUCAUGUUUGUUACCCAAAUAAAUUACACCUAUGUCACCUAAUACUUUGUGGACAAUGUUGCCACUCCAGUACAGUUCUUUAUUGUAUGUAUUUUAGUGUUUAUUUCUGUAGGCUGUUUGUGAAUUAAGAACACAAUUAUUUUAAACAAAGUAGCAACAAUACUUUGUUAUUUCUCUGUUUGUCAGAUAUAAUAAUAUCAUAGUUUAUUUUUUACAAGUUGUUGUCUCCUAUCUGGGAUGUCACGCAAUGAUGUAUAAGACAUAAGAGGAGCACCUACCUAUCACUUGCUGAAACUGCAAUAACUGGAACAAAGAUACUAGUCACACAAAACAAAAGAGUUUAGAGAUUGGUUACUGUUUUUGCCUAUUCUUUGAACUGUUUUUCUUGUCCUGCAUAACUUCUGAUCCAAAGGAUUAGCAGUUCAUUAAGUUUUUGUUUGACAUUCUCCAUCUUUUCUUCUGAGUACCUACUAUCCUGAUAUCAGUUUCAGCUUCAGUGACUGGUGACUUUAUUCUCAUCUUUUGUCUCAUAUGUAGUUAGUCUUCAUUCCUGACUUUUGUAUUCUGAACACACAAAUAACCUGUCUGCAAGCUGAAGAACUUAAAUACUCUGUGAAUUAUAACUGAAAUAACAAUCAAUUAUCUACAACCUUUUAAAUCAGCCCUUUAGAUAUGCAAAAAAAUUCAAAUGAGAUUCAUAUACGCAUGUGGCCAUAAAUGCUCCACAAUCCUCUUUAUUCUGAAGCAUCUGCAAUCUGGUAUAGGAAUUCAUAACUGCUUCUGCAAUUAAAGUUCUUAUAAUGUACAACAACAGACGAUAUAUGCAGAGAAGUGACAAGCGACUGCUGUCGUGCUGUAGUUUCUACAAACAGUUUCACAGUUUAAGUUACAAGAUAAAAAAAUUCUGGAGGGAUGUGGGUAGUCACAGAGAUUUCUCUCAGUCUACUCUCAACAUUUACCACUGUACAUAUCUGUAUAUUUGUAUAUAAUGUAAAAGUCAAGUUGUGCCAUUAUAAAUGUUUAGAUUAUAAGAAAAACAGUGUAUGUGUUGCAUUUUCAAUGAUGUUUGCAUGUAAGAGCUAAAAAAUUCAGAUACAAGAAAAAAAUCAUUUCUGAUUAAGCAGUUAUUUUGUAAAUAUUUAGUUCUUCCAGUGAAAACUUUUAAAACAAAUUGUAUAUAGAGGAUAUAAAUACAUGUUGUUAUGACAGGAUGUCUUAAAUGAGUCUGUUGUUUUGUUAUGAAAGAUGUUUACAAU